CCACCGCUUCUUCUUCUUCACAACUCAAACUACAAAGUCAUUGCUGAUAACAGAGUCCACUCCAUUUCGAUCACCAAUGGCUCCUUCUUUCACCAACGCCAAAACCUUCUCUUCUUUCUUCCUCCAUGGAUUCUCCAACUCUCUCACCAGACGUGGGUACGCGGUGGCAUCGCAGAACGCAACGAAGGGAGGAGUUGCUUCCAUGAGCUCCAAAAUUGCGACAACGUCAGGGGAAGACAAAGGAGUGUCUCCCUACAAGGUUUCCUGGGUUCCAGAUCCUGUCUCUGGCUAUUACAAACCCGAGAACAUUAACGAGGUUGAUGUCGCUGAAUUGCGCGCUGCGCUUUUGGCCAAAAAAUUCAACAACGCAUCUCAAUCAGUUAAUUUAAAAAAUUGAGGUUAAUGAUUUAACCAGAUUAAUCAGUAUUUUAAGGGAACUUUGAUCGGUUAAUUAAUCUUGGACUGAAAUAUUAAUGAUGCUGAUAUUCUCUGUUCUGUCUUCAUGAACAGAACACCUUGUUUAUCUUCCAUUGCAUCUGAUUAGUGAUGUAUUAUGAUCUAUUGGUUAUAUUCAAGUUUUGCAAUUUUAAAUCUUUGUUCCAGUGUGAUGAA